UUGGGUGUAAACGUCCCUAUAGAUGGAGAGGCUGUUUAUAAGACUCAAUCCAUCCACACCAUUAUUACUGAACAGGUUGUUUUGGUGAGUCUCAUGAAACAAAGAAUCUGUGAUGAUGACCAAGCAAGCGCAUGUAGUGGUUGUGCCAUACCCGGCACAAGGGCAUGUCGUACCUCUCUUGAAGUUAUCACACAAAAUUGCUGAUUAUGGGAUCAAAGUUACAGUUGUUAACACGGAGUUCAUACAUGCCAAGAUCAUGAGUGCUAUGCCAGAUCACAAGGAUGAAGAAUUGAAAAACCGGGUAAGACUAGUUUCGAUUCCUGACGGAUUGGGACCCGGUGAUGAUCAGAGGGACGGUGUCAAAGUAAUAGAGAGUAUCCGGCGAGUCAUGCCGGGUCAUCUUAGGCCAUAUGACCUUAAGGAUUUGAUUGAAAAGAUUGGCCAAUCGGAGGAGAAGAUGAUUAGGUGUGUCAUAGCAGAUGCAACCCUAGGGUGGAUACUAGAGGUUGCAGAAGAGAUGGGAAUUGAGCAAGCUGUAGUGUGGCCUGCUGGACCAGGGGGUUUACUCAUACUUCCUCACCUUCCAAAGCUUGUUGAAUUAGGGGUUUUUGAUAUGAAUGGAACUGUUUUGAGAAAUGAGCUCAUCAUCUUGUCAAAGGACGUUCCUGCUUGGAGCACCACCGAGUUUAGUUGGUACAACACAAGUGAUCCCAAAUUACAGAAGAUUUUCUUUGAAAAUGUUCUGUCCAUCAACCAAAGUAUUGAACUCUCUACGUGGCUUCUCUGCAACACAUUCUACGAACUCAACCCGCCAAUUUGCCAGUUGGUUCCCAAAAUGCUGCCUGUCGGACCACUGCUCACGAGCGAUGAGCAGAGGCAUUCUAGCGGAAGCUUGAGGCUCCAGGAUUCAACUUGUUGGAACUGGCUCAAUGAACAGCCUAUAGGUUCAGUUGUUUAUGUUGCUUUUGGCAGCACAACAGUCUUCAGCCAAAACCAGUUCCUUGAAUUGGCCCUUGGUCUUGAACUUGCAGCCUGGCUUCUCUGCAACACAUUCUACGAACUCAACCCGCCAAUUUGCCAGUUGGUUCCCAAAAUGCUGCCUGUCGGACCACUGCUCACGAGCGAUGAGCAGAGGCAUUCUAGCGGAAGCUUGAGGCUCCAGGAUUCAACUUGUUGGAACUGGCUCAAUGAACAGCCUAUAGGUUCAGUUGUUUAUGUUGCUUUUGGCAGCACAACAGUCUUCAGCCAAAACCAGUUCCUUGAAUUGGCCCUUGGUCUUGAACUUGCAGGCCGACCAUUCUUGUGGAUUGUUCGAUCAGACCUCACAAAUCGUUCAUUUGCCGAAUACCCAGAUGGGUUCGCAGAGAAAGUGGCUGGUUGGGGGAAGAUUGUCGAAUGGGCACCUCAAGAGAAGGUGUUAGGUCACCCAGCAAUUGCUUGUUUCUUUACACAUUGUGGUUGGAACUCAACAAUGGAGGGUGUGAGCAAUGGGGUACCAUUUCUUUGUUGGCCUUACUUUGCGGACCAAUUUCAUAACAGAAGUUAUAUUUGUGAUGUCUGGAAAGUUGGUUUAAGGUUGGAAUACGAUGAAAAUAAGAUUGUAUCGAGGCACGAAAUUAAGAACAAGAUUGAGAAUUUGCUUUCUGAUGAUGAUAUGAAAGCGAAUAGUUUGAAGUUGAAGGAAAUUGCUAGAAAGAGCAUUGAGAAAGGUGGAUCUUCUUGUAAGAAUUUAGAAAGAUUUGUCCAACAUCUGAGACAGUGAUGAAGAUGAUGAUUGAUGCAACUAGUUUUUACUGUUUGUUAGACUCUGGCAAUUCAAUGCAUUGUUGUAAAAUCAUGAAUUGAAAUGUUAAUCGUUUUGGUGAAAUAAGAAAUGAUGUUUUCUAAAA